GUCUCGUCAACAGCAACGUCGAUGACUUCAGCCUGCUGAAACGACUGCUCUGUGACACUACCUAGUACUGUGGCUCUGUGCGCACUUGCGAUACCAUGUGCCAUCAUCGCUCAGACUCCGUGCUCUCGGAAGGAAUGCCCGAGGCAGGAAUACCGAGGAAGAAUGAACGUUGCUGUUCUAUUGGCUUGUCCGAGACGCUGGCUUCAAACAGACAGUGCUAUACAGCCUAUACUGCUGCAGCCUCCUUGUCAGACUUUUCUUUUCUGGCCAUCUGCAGCUGGUAUGGGAUACCUGAGGCAUGCCCACAGUCGAAACGACGCCACUUGCAGACUUGAUAAUGCCUUCACGGAAGCUGUUUCUCGAGAGCAGCCUUGCAAGGCAGAAUAGAGACUCGUCAGUCGCGGAUUCUCUCGAUGUCUAUACCGCGGAGUGCAGGGCUCCGGAGAAGCCUGUCGUCUUCUACAACGUUACUUCAAAGACUAUGGUAGAACCGAUAGGCGCCAUGACUGUCGCUCCUCUGUCAUCACUACUGACCGCUACGCGUUACAUCUGCAGACGCAGUCGCCUCGCCUGGUCAUGUAAACAGCUGUCAGCGAUGGUCACGAUGCGCGAGCGUACUUCGAUGCGAGAAAUCUGA